AUACUAUGAAGGAUAAAUAUUAUAAUAUAUUGUAACUACAGGCUCAGAAGGGCUAGAUCCCACAGCCGUAAAGCCAGUUAUUAAGAAGUGUGCUCAUGUUCAAGCAGUAAAGCCAGUUAUUAAAAAAAGAGUACAUAAUUGUGUUUUAUAAUUAUUAUUUGGUUUGGAUAAAGUUAAAAGUUUUGAUUGUCGCUUCAGUUUUUGUGCAGUCGUAUCGUCUUUAACCAUGGUUUACGUAACAGGAGAUGGAACAGUUGUUGAAAAAACACCAUUCAGCGUGCUUGGAUGGUUCUGGAGCAUCUUGAAUUUCUUUUAUCUACUGUUUCAAACCCUGAUUAACCCGAACUUCAGUAAACAUGGAGACAAAUAUGUAAGAGAUUUCCGGCCUCCAGGCAGUGGGUAAGAUCAUUUUCUUCCGACUUCCAAAAAGGAGACGGUACUCAAUUCGACUGUUUUUUUAUGUGUUACCUCAUAACUUUUUACUGGGUGAACCGAUUUCGAUGGUUCUUUUUUUAUUUGAAAGCUGGUACUUCUCGUGUGGUCCCAUAUGAAUUUGAUCAAGGUCAGACCAAUGGUUUUUGAGUUAUUCUUAAUAACUUAUAUUGAAGUCGGCUGUACAACAUUUUUUAUUUUAAAUUAUAUAAUACUAAACCUCGCGGGGGCAAGGACCUGUUAUAUCGGACUCGCACCGACUAAAACUCCAUGGUGUUCCACCUACGUCGCAUAUUGGUAGGGCCAUGGGAAUGCUUUCGCACACAUCUGCGGCCCCACCAGCGCUGACCGCCCCAUGGCGGCCCCUCCUCGGGAGAGCACCACUCCUCCCCCAUCUCCUUCUCAGGUAAGGCGCACCAGAACACAUGACGCGCCCUCCUCCGCGGCCACCAACUUCACCUUGAAGGCCAUGGGGCCCGGAAAAACGAGCACUCUGAAGCACUAGCCUUCCUGACCCCUUUGGCUACUGGGGAUAAGGAGAGCGUCACUUCGCAAUACCGACACUCUUCUCCCACCGCAGCCCAACCACCACCGCAUCAAUGAACGGUGCGGCCCCCUCAUUGUCGCGGAGGACAGGGCGAAUAGCGCAUCGCCUUACCAAAACUCCUCUUCCUCCGCGAGUCCACCUCAGCUGCAGCGAUACGGGGAGAGGACACAUCACUCGCUGCAGCCCACCAACACACAUCCGAAGUGGGCUCGCACAGUCUACUCAGAGUUCUAACAACUACUAUGGAAAGAGUAUUUCCAGGCUGAUAUCAUCAAUGGAUCUUCCUAAGGAUUAAAUUCCUAGUCCAUUCUUGUUUUUAAUCUAUGUAUUAUCCUACCUGUAGGGCUAGCAUGGGCAGGAGACUUUUAUCCCCGGGGAGAGGAGAAAAUGCUUAUCCCCCCGUUUAGUUUUAUCCACCCUUCGAGGGCACACCGGUGGAUAUAAUAUCCACAGUAGAAUAAAAUGGGAGAUAGACUUGGACUUAGAUAGAUCUUUUGUUUGAAUAUGAACUUAAACCCACGUCCAAUGAACUAGGAUAAAAUGUGUAUCGCGCUGUUUUAGCGCUACAAAAACUCUUUACUCUUACCCACAUUGUAAUCGAAAGGUCUUCUCAUUCUAAUUUACAAAAAAUCCUUUAAGACAAUAAAUAGACCAAUUACUUUAAAUUUCACACGCAUUAAAUUCACACAAUACAAAGAACUUGCACAUCGUUAAUCUUGUCGUAAUUGGAUGCUGUGGUAUAGUUAUUCUAUUUCACGAUAAUGGUUUUACUAUGGUUGUUGUAAGCCGUGUACAUACACAUUGUGUUAGUGUGCGUAAGCCUCGGGAGCUCUCAGUCACGAUCGCGAGUCGAACGAAUCGUAGUUAACCACACAAACGUGCCUGUCGGUACACGUCACUACUACAAUCAAGGCGAAACCUUGAGCGUGAAAUAGAAUAACUAGGGACAUUUAGCUGGUUACGCGACCAGGGUCAGUUAGCGACCAUUAACGGGACCUACGGCACUAAUACGAAAUAAAUAAGAAUUUGAUCCUUCUUUUCCAAAGGAAAUUCACUAAGUACAGAGAGGGAUAGAUGUAUGAUUUUUACCUAUAAUAGUUGGCAGCUUUGUGUAACCAGACAGUUAAUAAAUCUUAGGUUCAUUCCGCCACUCGCACUGACGGCGCGCGCACGGUUCCAUAACAACGGAAAAAAUAGUGAGCACGUGUUGCGUUCAAGGUAAGUAGCUAGUGUUCUAUUUAUUUGUGGCAACUUUUUAAUGUUAUAUUUACUAAAUAUAUAUGUAUUUAACGUAAUCUUUACAUUUGUUUUAUGUAAUAUAACCAAAUCUUGUAAAAAAUUGUGUGGUCGCUAACUAAAAUGAAAAUAAUCUAAUAAUUUUAGUUUGCGGCCAGGUGGUCGCCAAUAUACAUUUAGAGUGAAAAAUUAUUUUUUAUAUUUUAAUAGCCUAUAAACCUAGUCCGGGAUUUUAUGGCUUUCUAUUACGUUUGUUCAUUUCUUGUUACAUAUCUUUUAGUUUACGACCAUCCAAUUGUAUUCUAAAUUGUAUAAUUGACGAUCUCAAAAUGUAUGGGGAUUUUAAGUGGUCGCUAACUAAAAGUGGCAAAUUAACGUGUGGUUUUACGACCACUUGCAUUUACCACUAUAUUUUUUUGUAGAUAUAUAUAUUUAAUAUUUUAUAUUUUUAUUACAGAUGUCCUCUAAAAAUCGUAAUAGAAUAAAAACUCUGGCUUACUCACAAACAGACCUGGAAAGUGCCUUAAAAGAUAUAAGAGAAAGAGGAUACGGUAUUAGAGAAACAUGUAAAAAAUAUAACAUCCCAAGAUCUACAGUACAAGACAGACUAAGUGGCAAAAGGACUGAUAAACUAAAUAACCCAGGACCCGAACCGGUUUUAGGUAUAUCCAUGGAGAAAGAAGUCGUACAAUGGAUUAUCAAAAUUGCUAAAUGUGGUUUUCCUGUCAAAAAACAGGAACUACUAGACACGGUACAGAAAAUUCUUAAAGACUAUCAGAGACCUAAUCCAUUUAAAGAUGAUCGUCCUGGUCAGACCUGGUAUUCAGGCUUUCUUAAAAGAAACCCAGAAAUCUCAGUCCGGGCAGCAGAAAGCAUAAACAAAGCUCGUGCACGUGUUACUGAAGAGCAUAUAAGGCAGUGGUUUCGAGAACUUCAAACAUUUUUAUCCGAAUCAGGACAGUCAGAUAUUCUCACACAGCCUGAUCGAAUAUUCAAUGCUGAUGAGAGUGGUUUUUCAUUAUGCCCCAAAACCGGAAAAGUUCUUGGACCAAAAGGCUUUCGAAACUUGUACCAAGUAAAUUCAGGGAACGAAAAGGAUAAUUUGACCGUUUUAAUUAAUUUUAAUGCGGUAACUGAGAGUAUGCCUCCGGAAUGGAUUUUGGGUAGAAGCGAAUCCGGUUGGAUGCGAAGCGAAAUAUUUUUUGAAUAUAUAGUUAACGAUUUUAAUACUUGGGUUGAAAAUAACAAAAUACAGAAGCCCAUUUUACUUCUUGUUGAUGGCCAUAAAUCGCAUAUGUCGUUGGUGUUAAGUUCUAUGUGUGAACAGUUAGGAAUAAUAUUAUAUGCUCUGCCACCAAACACCACGCACAUAUUACAACCUGCUGAUGUCAGUGUGUUUGCCCCAUUGAAAGUAAAUUGGAGGAAAGAAGUAAGAAAGUUUUUAUCCAAACCUGACAAUUUGAAUGCUUCAGUAACAAAAACUAAUUUUUGUCAAUUGUUUAAAAACAUUAUUGAGGACUCGCAGAUGGAUAUAUGUAUAAAAAAUGGAUUUAGAAAAUGUGGUUUGUUUCCUUUUGACCCUAAUGCAGUGGAUUACACGAAGUGUGUACAAAGUACUAUGGAACGACUCAAUAAUUCAAGAAAUUGUGAGCAAACAGGUAUAACAAAUCAAGAUCUUGUUUCCACGCGAAAGGUGAUACGGCAUUUAGGACCAGUUCUCCGUAAGAAAAAUGUAGAUAUCAACUUUAUUUUGAGAGAAGUGAAGAAGUUAAGAAAGACAGAGCCCAGACAGUCAGAAGUUUUGUAUGAAACUGGGUCUGAGGACCGAUCUAAUUCGACAGUUCGUUUAUCAACAUCUUUACUGAUAGACAGUGAAACAAAUUUGAGUAAGGCCAAUCCUGCGACCAUUACCUCUAUGCCACAUACUGUUAAUCCAGUUAAAGAUAGCGAUCCAGCAUCAGUUAUCGACGGGUCAGGUUUGAACAACACGCAUUACGCAGAUGUACAGUUGCUGCCUCCGCCUAUUAAAGAAAAUAUUUUAUUACAUGCAGAUACUUCCAAAGAUAUUGCGAUAGAGGGCUGCGAUAAAUACAAUGUUUCUGAAUCUUUAUUAACUAAUUUGGAAUUAAAAGACCAAGAAGCCAUUAACAACCAAAUAAUUUCUAGGCAAGAUACAACAGAAAAUAUAAAUAUAGAAACCAGUCUCUCGAGCUUUCAUUUAUCUGGCAGUUAUCUUGAUCAAGGUACUUUAGUAUCCUUGGAUGAUAUCGUAAUAAUACCUCUACAAUCAAGUACGCCAACAAGAAUAGAGUUUCAAGGUAUCUCGUCGCCAGCAGUAAUUACAUUACCUCAUGUAAAAAACAAGGAAUCGUUGACUGAAUCUGAAAAACCUUACUCUGAAACAGAAGUUUUGUUCAAAACACAAAUGACAAUAGAAGAAAAUCAAUUGUUAGCUUCUCAGUGUACAAUACUAGCAGAUCAGACUAUGACUGAACCUAUUUUAUCAACUUCAAUAUCAAAUUCAGGCUUUUCUACAAACGUUAUAUCGGAAAAUAACUAUUCCAUUUUAGGCAACACUAGCAGACAUCAACCAACGUCUAUGGAGUCACUUGAUAAUGUAAUAGUCAUACCUGCGGAAUCAACUGCACUCAGCACUAAUGCUUUUAGUAAGCAUUUAUUUGUGCCUGAACCCUUGGUAAAAUCAAACAAAAAUAUUUCUAAGCCUCGAGUUCCUGCUGCAAUAUCAUCUUUGGCUUGGAGGAAACAUUACGAGGAAAAAGAAAAAAAUAAACAUGAGAAAAGAGAGUCCAUACAACGUAAAAAAGAAGCAUCUAAAAGAAAAAAGGAUGAAAGAGACGAAGUUAAGAGAAGAAAGACUGUGAAACGAACGAAGACUGAUAAAUUUAAUAUUUUAGGAACAGAG